AUGUCAACCAACUUCUCGGAAAUACCCAUCUUGGACCUAAGUCUAGCAGGUGAUGCAUCCACAAAACCACAACUUUUGAAAGAGCUCAAACAUGUUCUAUUAAACGUGGGGUUUCUCUAUAUAAAAAACCAUGGCGUUCCCAAGGAUACUGUAGAUGAACUUGUGAAUACCCUACCAAGUUUAUUUGCGCUUCCUGACGUGGAAAAGAAUUCGAUAGCCUUGGAAAGGUCACCACAUUUUCUAGGAUAUAGUGGUAUGGGAGCAGAGACUACUGCUCAAGUAUCAGAUCAAAGGGAACAAUUUGAGUUCGCGACGGAAUUGGAGUCUGCAUGGGUUGAAGGAGAUCCAAUCUAUAAAAAACUGCUGGGGCCAAAUCAGUGGCCUUCGUCUCUUCCGUCAAUUCGUACUAUUAUCGAAGCGUAUAUUCAAGCAUUGUUUGAACUUUCUGAAGGGUUUCUCGCACUCGUCGCGGAAGCGUUAAACAUUCCUCCAUCAUCCUUUCACUCCUUUCUUUCACCUCAACACCGCUUGAAAGUCGUACAUUAUAGUCCUAUUACCUCACCCAACAAAGAUCAAGGUGUAGGGCCGCAUAAAGAUUCAUCGGGAUGGUGGACCUUUCUUCUCCAAGCUUCUCCUCCUCAUAUCCGUGGUCUUCAAGCUAUGAAUCGAGCAGGAAUAUGGAUUGAUGUACCGAACAUCCCCGGAACAUUUGUUGUUAAUAUCGGACAAGCUUUUGAAGUAGCUACUAAUGGUUUAUGUCCGGCUACAAUACAUAGAGUAUUAUCUAGUGAGUAUGAUAGAUAUAGUAUUCCUUUUUUUCAAGGUGUACGUGGGGAUGCUACGAAAAAAGAUUUUGAAGAUUUAUGGCCACAAUUAGAGGGGCAAGGGACGAAAGAAUCUGAAAGUGGUAAGAGUAUAGACUCACCAUUUUUGAGUGGAAAGUAUGAUACUUGGGGAGAAUCUCAAUUGAGAACAAAGGUUCGGAGUCAUAGAGAUGCGGGAAAGAGGUUUUAUUCUUCUGUUUAUGAUAAGUAUGUUAAUGAGUAA